GGCCAUCGCUGCUUCAUUGUACGGGCUGCUGCUGAUGCUGAGACCAUAGCGAGACUCGGCGAUUUUCUUUCCAAAAAAGGAGCAUGCCAUGGACACGGUUUCACGCGGAUUAAGACUGCUCACAUGAUGAGAAUCGAUUGCGAGGUAAGCCCUUUCUUCUCAUAGGAGAAUGAGGAAGAGGAGGAACUGGAAACCUUGGGAGCGCCUUGGAAAGUUUCUGUGAAGUCUCAAUGAAAGCAUUAGAAGAGCAUCUCUAGUAUUUGACUCAAUGGCCAAGAAAGGGCGUACGAAGAGCGAGAAGCCUGAAGCGCUCAUCUCUGCCCUACAAGCAGCCAAUGAAGAUCUCAGGUCCAAGCUGACUGACAUUCAGAUAGAGCUACACCAAGAAAAAUGCAAGGUGAGCAAACUGGAGCGCGACAAGCUUCAGGAGGUGAAGCGGGUGCGAGAGCAGGAGCAGCACCGUCACACUGCCAUGUUGACAGAGCAGCGGGCCAAGUGGCACGAGGAGAAGCAAAAGGAACUCCAGGUACUCAGGGAAAACCUGACACGGCAGCAUGAGCAGGAGCUGGCCCGCCAUGCCAAAAUCAAAGACCAGGAGAACCAGAGGCUCAAAGCCGCACUAAACACCAUGCGCGAUGGCAGCGGAGAGAAGGUGCGCACAGCACUGACCCUGGAAGCCAAGGAGGAUGCACGUCGCUUCUUUGACCAGGAGAGAGUGAAGCUGCUGCAGGAGAUACUGGAGCUGAAGUCUCUUAAGAAGCAGACCGACGAGGCUCUCAGCAACAUGAUCCAGUCUGACAAGAUGAAGGCUGGCGACCUGCGGGUGGAGCACCAGCACCACCAGGAGCAGAUCUCCAAAAUCAAGUGGGAUUCUGAGAAGGACAUCCGCAGACUGGUGGAUGAAAUCAAAUCUAAAGACCGCACCAUCUUCGCUCUGGAAAAGGAACUGGAGUCAACGGCGGGUUUCUUACAGAAGCUGCAGCUUCAGAAAGACGCCCUGGACGACCAGCUGUUCCUCGUCAAGGAGGCUGAGUGCGGCCUGGGAAGCCCGAAAAGAGAGAUUCCAGGCAGAGCUGGAGCUGGAGACGGAGCUGAGCACUGUGGUAGCCCAGACUUGAGGAGAAACCAGAGGCGCCUUGCUGAUCUCAACUCAACUAUACGCAAAUUAGAGGACCGCAACUCACUGCUGGUCGAUGAGAGGAACGAACUGCUGAAGAGAGUUAGAGAGUCAGAGAAACAUUGUAAGCCACUGCUGGACAAGAACAAGCUGCUGAGUAAGAGGAAUGAUGAUUUGACUCAGACUAUCCAGAAGCUGGAUGAGAAACUCAAGAGCCUGGUCAAGGAGAACCAUGAGAUGAAGGAGAGGAUCAGCUCCCAUCCUCCACUGAAGAAGCUGAAGUCCCUGAAUGACCUGGACCAAGCACAUGAUGACCAGGAAAUAGCCUUUUUCAAACUACAAGUCCUGGAGCAACAAAGCAUGAUUGAUGAGCUGACAAGAGACCGAGAAAAACUACUAAGAAAGAAAAGACAUAAAAGAAGUUCGAGGCCAAUAAAGAGGCACAUCGUAGUAGACACCUUCUUUGGGUAUGAUGAAGAGUCUAUGGACUCGGAGACGUCCUCAGUGGCUUCGUUCCGCAUGGACAGAACUCCUGCUACGCCCGAUGAAGACCUGGAUGAGGGUCUAGCAAACGAGGAGUCGGAGCUGCGUUUCCGUCAGCUGACCAGGGAGUAUCAGGCCUUACAGCGAGCCUAUGCCCUGCUGCAGGAACAGAAAGGAGGCAUUCUGGACGCUGAGAUGGAAGCCAAGGCUCAAGAGCACCUCCAAGCAGAUGUUCUUAGGUAUAAAGCCAAAAUAGAGGACUUGGAGAAGGAACUGACCCUGAAGGGACAGGACUCCAAAUGGGUGGAGGAGAAGCAGCUAUUCUUACGAAGGAACCAGGAGCUUUUUGACAAGGUGGAAAAGAUGGAUUCAGAGAGCAGUCGGGUGCAGCAGGAACUACAAGACUCCAGAGAUCAGAAUGAACUGUUGGAGUUUAGGAUACUGGAGCUAGAGGAGCGUGAGAGGAGGUCCCCUCCGUUCAACCACCUGAGGAUGCAUCCCUUCUCUGAGGGAGUCAGUGCACUGCAGAUCUACUGUAUGAAGGAGGGGGUCAAGGACGUGUGCAUACCAGAUCUCAUCAAACUUCUAGAUAUCCUGGGAGACAACGGGAACUUAAGAAACGAGGAGCAAGUGGCCAUUAUUCAGGCUAGCACUGUUUUGUCACUCGCAGAAAAGUGGAUUCAGCAGAUUGAAGGGACGGAGGCGUCGCUGCACCAGAAGAUGAUGGACCUGGAGAUAGAGAUGGAGAUGUUCUGUAAACAGAAAGGAUAUCUAGAAGAGGAGCUGGACUACAGAAAACAGGCCCUGGACCAGGCCUACCUGCAAAUCCAGGAGUUGGAAGCAACGUUAUACAACGCCCUGCAGCAGGACAAGGUGAUAAAGUACGGCGAGCCUCUGGACGAGCUUCAGAAGGACGAGCUGCGGACGGCGGUGGAGAAACUGAGGAGGCAGAUGCUGAGGAAGAGUCGAGAGUACGACUGCCAGAUCCUCCAGGAGAGGAUGGAGCUGCUGCACCAGGCGCACCAGAGAAUUCGUGACCUUGAAGACAAGACGGAAAUCCAAAGGAGGCAGAUUAAAGACCUGGAGGAAAAGUUUUUGUUUCUGUUCUUGUUCUUUUCUCUUGCCUUUAUCCUUUGGCCUUGAAGUCUUUGGCGUGUCCUGUAGCAGAGGUGGUGUGUCAGCUUGGAGAUCUUGUUUGUGACUACAGUGUUAUUUAUUUUCUGGACAAGUGUGGACCAAUGUGCGCAGCAGUGGCUGCUAGUGUCAUAACAUCAGUGACUGCUGUCAGUAUAGGUGGAUGUGUUGUGUGUUGGCAAUGGACGUUCACACUUCAGAUUUUAUCCUUUAGUUUUUUUCAAUGGGGGUGGGGUUCUCAGGAUACUGCCCAGGGUGACGUUUUUUGUAGAUCGGCGUUGGACAUUAAACUUCUCUAAGAACACCAAGGAGUUCUGUAACGACACUUGAUCAGACACUUACAGUAGAUACAAACACAACACGUGCACCCACAAACACACAGUUACGGACACGCAUGCAUAUACAGACGCAUGCAGAUGCAAACACAAGCAUACACACACACACACACACGCUUUGACAAAUCCAAACCAAAGCCUGGGAAAUCUUUUCUCUGCCAUGCAGGGUAAUAAUAUGUCAUCCAUCACCAUACAGCCACAGUGGGAAUAUAAGCAGACAGAAAAACUCUUAGACAACGGGGCAAACAAACCGCCGGACCACAACUUCUCUUCUUUUUCUCUUCUUUCCUUUCCAAACCCGAAAAGGACGUUCUUCACGAAUGCAACCUCUUGGCGGUAUAGAAGCGAGCCAACUCAGGGCCCAUGAGUGCAGUGGCCAGUACUGGUCACAGGUCAGAUUAUAAUAAGGAACACUAUGGGACACGGUGUGUCACCGGCUGGCCUGUUCCUAGAAUGGUGCGUACACAGACUGCUUGGACUCUCCAGAGGUUUAAAGACAGAACUACACUUCAGACUGGUGUGUGUACAGACACUAAAGGGGGAUACAGAACACUCAGGUUGACACUUCUUCACCAGACACAUGUAAGAGACUUCACUGAAGAGAGGUAAAAAGAGAAAGAAAAGGGAAAUGACACUCUGUGAUCCAGCUCCACUCAACCUCCACAGAUUGUGAAACUGCUUCUUAAUUUUUCUUAAAAACCAGCAGACUGUAAGAGCUUUAAUCUCUGGUUAUCUUUUUUUUUUUACAAAUCCUACCACUCAGAUACUGUGUCCCAAGAUGUCCACUGAGAAAACAUCCCUAUUCUGUACUAUAAUAUAUACAUUUGUUGAUAUGUACAUGUGUCUGAAUUAUUUAUUGUAGUCUCCUCUUUUAUUUCUGUGAAUAGGUGCACUUUUGUUUUACUCUCUGACGCAGCUUGAACAGUUGAUGUAGUUUAUAAAUGACUCAAAAGGGUGUACAUUGCUCUGUUUUAUUGUGGUGACGGCUGCAAAGAUGAACUUUAUUUCCUUGAAAAUUAUAACUAAGAAAUCGUUGGAAUAUGAAUGUGGAAUAAUGAAAUAUUUGCCUCCUUUUUUUUUGUUUCCUCUCCCUCUAUCACACAGUAUAAUGUAUUUAUUCAUCUGUCUAAAAACGUUGUUGCUCUGGUUGACCAGCAGGGGGUGCUGGUUUCACCUGAGCGACUUUCAAUUCGCCCUUUAACGUUGCAAGAUCUUUUAACAAACUUGUAAAUAUUUUCAGACUACCUUGCAAAAUAUCUUUAUCAACUCUGGUCAGAUGAUUGCUCAGUUUAAAUUCAUAGUUCUGUCAUCAGUUCUUCCUUGAUACGCAAAAAAUGGACAAAAGCUACUUUUUUUUUGUUGAAAUUCGACUGCAAAGACAUUACAACUUCACACAUUUCUCUGUCCCAAGAUCGCUACAGGUUCUCUCUCUCUCUCUACUCCUGUUUUUUUACUAACAAAAAUGUCUUUGAUACUAACAACCCUCUUUUACGAAAUAGUAUUUGUCACUUCUCCAAAAUGAAACAGGAGAAAGUGAACGCAACACUACACCUGCUCCACUUCUCUCCUGUCAAGCUAACGGCCCAGUCCCUGCAAUAUUUACCAGUAGACCGUGCUUGUUCCCUAUGUACCCGAGCUAGUGCGUCAGCCAUCGUACCCCCCCUCUGGCUCCAUUCACAGGUUUAGGGUAUCUAGGCAUCUCAUUACAUAGCAGAAAGUAAGUCACCCACUCCAUUCACUUUACCAAGGGGCAUGACUGAGACUAUUUUUGUGCAAACUCAGCUAACUAGCAGUUGCCUUAAAUGCACUUUCCCCUUUUUCUCCCCUUGUAUGUUCUAUUUUGACGAUUAUUUUUUUAGGCGGUUGAUAUUAUAUGUAAUGUAAUGUAUAUUUUUUGUCUUUAUUUCACAGAGGAUUUGUUUUUAUCUUUACCCUGUCUGUCUUCCAGCGAGAAUUCUACCCCUCCUCCUACCUUCGUCUAGAUUAUUACAUAAACAGAAAAAAAAGGAGUAAUGCUGUAAAAAAAAUAAAAACAAAUACAUGGCCUUUGACCUUU